UCAGCGAGCGCGAAAGCAGGACGCGGAGACCGAGAGCACUUCCGCGCUCCAGGUGUCUCCGGUUCCGGCAGCUGGCCCCCGACUUCUCUCUUUUCGGCCUCGUGGAGGGCUCGGGGCCGCAGAAUUGCAACCUCACCAAUGGACCUGGUUGGUUUUGGUUACGCAGCCCUCGUGACAUUUGGAAGCAUUUUGGGAUAUAAGCGGAGAGGUGGUGUGCUAUCUUUGAUUGCUGGUCUUUUUGUUGGAUUUUUGGCUGGCUAUGGAGCUUACCGGGUCUCCAAUGACAAACGAGAUGUAAAACUGUCACUGUGUAAGUAA